AUGGGGCUGCUACCUCCGGGCCCGCCAGUCAUGCUGCUGUUGCCGCCGACUCUGCUGUUGCUACUGGGCCCUGAACCCAGCCCCAGUGCGGCCUUCAAGCAAUCACAUGUGUACCGGCGUGGGAUCCUGGAAUUGGCAGGGACUGUGAAUUGUGUUGGCACCCGAUCCCCCAUUGCCUACAUGAGCUAUGGCUGCUACUGUGGCCUGGGUGGCCACGGCCAGCCCCUUGAUGCCAUUGACCAGUGCUGCCAACAGCACGACUGCUGUUACAGUCGCACAGAGGACGCUGGCUGCAUGCCCAAGCUGCAACGUUAUUCCUGGCAGUGUGUCAACCAGAGUGUUGUGUGCGGGCCAGCACAGAGCAAAUGCCAAGAGCUCUUGUGCAAGUGUGACCAGGAGAUUGCUAGCUGCUUAGCCCGAACCACAUACAACUUCAAGUAUCUCUUCUACCCCAAGCAUCUAUGUGAGCAGGACUCGCCCAAGUGUGACUGACUAGCUUGACUUCAAAUGUCCUUUUGCACAAGGAAAUAAAGCUU